CAAUGUUCUCCAUUUUCAAAGGUAAAGAUCUUAUCUCGAGUUCUCCGCCGCCGUCGCCGCUAUGCCUCCCUCCCCAUCCUCCGCCGCGGGCUCCGCCUCGCCGUCCGGCUCCGCGUCCGCCUCGGCCUCCGACCCAACCCCGUCCUGGUGGGAGUCCGUGUCGCAGGCGCGCUCCCGCAUCCUGGCGCUCUCCUCCAUCCUGCCGGCCCCGGCCUCCCACGACGUCGCGGCGCUGGCCGACGCCGACCGACCGGCGCGCGCGCUCCUCCGCUCGCCCGCUGCCUACGCGGCGCUCUCUGACGCACUGCGGGCGGGUGGCGGCGCCGAUGACCCCGCCUGCCACUGGCUCUACGACACGCUCCUCUCCGCCGACCCCGACCUCCGCCUCGCCGCGCUCGCGUUCCUGCCCCUGCUGGCGGCGCUCUACCUCCGCCACCUCCCGCCCGAGCUCCGCUCCUCGCUUUCGGGCUUCGAGGCCGUCCUCCUCGCCGUCUACUCCUCCGAAGCCAAGAAUCGUCAGGGGAAGCCGGUCCUCGUCCAGAUGCCCGACCUCUCUGUCCCAUCCCUGUACCACACGCCAGCGAUGGCGUCCAGCCUCAGCUCCAAGUCCCCUCGGUGGUCGCAGCCCCCGCAGUCCCCGCCAAUCCCCCCUCCGCAGGCGACUCCCGUGGUGGGGGUUCUCUCGCCGCCGCUGGAGCCACAGGCCGCGGUGAAAUCAACGAAGCGCGCGGGAAUCAUUGGGAUCGCAUUUGAGGCCUACUAUUCUAAGAUUUGGCAGAUGCUUGCUGCGUCGAAGGUGGAUGCCUGCAAUGCUGCUGCUGCGUGGGCGGGGCAGUACUGCAAAUGCCGUUUUGAGCUGGAUGAGAAGGAACUGGAAGAAGAGGAAGCUGACUCUUUGGGGUCUGUCUCGCCAGUGUCCUCGGAGGCUGAGAAUGGGAAGGAGCUGGUGGACGAAUUGGCCAGGCUGCGUAUCAAUGGAGACAACAAUUGCAGCGAGGAGGACAUGGAGGCAAGGGUGCCACUUCCCUGGGACCUGCUCCAGCCAGUGAUGAGGGUUCUUGGCCACUGCUUGCUUGCACCGCUGAACCUGGCCGAGGUGCAUGAUGCUGCAGCAGAAGCAGUGAGGGUUGUUUAUGCUCGUGCGUGCCACGACCUUGUGCCACAGGCAAUCUUAGCAGCCCGAAGCUUGAUCGAGCUUGACAAGAGUACACGAAAGGUUGCAAAGGCAGCGGCAGUGGUGGCUUCUGGGCAAAUUGUCACAGUUGGCACUGCUGGAAGCAACACAUCAAGCUCUAGGCCAAGUUCGAAGCCAAACACACCAAGCAAACAGCGGAAGCCUGAUACACUACUCAUGUCCAAAUGAGGUUAAUUGCGCCACAUCCAGAAAGAGUGUUUGCGUAUGGUACAGUUUCUUUCUGAUGAGUGUUGUGUGUUCGCCACUUGAAUAUUGGUGAAAGUUUUGUAGACCUUGCGAUGCUCCAAAUGUUUGGCGAAUCUGGGCCUAGAAAUUGUUUCUC